CCCAGUCAGAUAAAUAGUCAACCGAACGGACGGCAGUGGAUCUUGAUGAGAUCAAUAUUCACAAAAAUCGCACUGGAAGGUGCAGUGUAAGGACGGUGCGCCCUCUUUGUCCCUGACCCGAAGCGUAUUCCUCCCCCUUACCCUCUCUGUUCAUUUCUCUCUCUAAAAAACAGAGCUCAAAAGCAAAAAAAGGAACAUAAAUUUUUUUGGUUAUUAAAACCAGCGUUCGAGAGGGAGACAGAAAACCCAAAAUAAAAAUAUAAAGAAAAAGGAGACAGGGACAAUGAAGCAGAGCUCAUCUGAAGCAGUCUCCUCAUCGUCUUCUUCCUCUACGCCCAGCGGACCUGACCAAUCACAGCCAGCCACCUCAGCAUCAGUACCUGAAAACCACCACACCCACAGCAAUAGCAAACCCUUGGCAUCGAUAACGGCGGCGGAUGACUUAGCUGGUGCGGGGUCGAGAGACGGCAGCGGCGGGGCCCAGGAAACGGUGACCUUCGAUCGACGAGGAGAAUACUCGGCGGUCUGCAGAUGGACGAUUAAUAAUUUCUCGAGAAUCAAAGCUAGGGCACUAUGGAGCAAGUACUUCGAGGUAGGCGGUUACGAUUGCCGUUUAUUGGUGUAUCCAAAAGGGGACUCCCAGGCUUUGCCGGGUUACAUAUCCAUUUAUCUCCAAAUCAUGGACCCGCGGGGUACAUCAUCGUCUAAAUGGGACUGCUUCGCCAGCUAUCGCUUAACCAUCGUCAAUCUAAUCGACGAUUCCAAAAGCAUUCACCGUGAUUCAUGGCAUCGUUUCUCAAGCAAGAAGAAAUCUCACGGUUGGUGUGAUUUCACGCCUUCUUCUACUGUUUUCGAUCCCAAGUCAGGUUAUCUCUUCAAUAACGACGCCGUUUUGAUUACCGCCGAUAUCUUAAUCUUGAAUGAAUCCGUUAAUUUCACACGUGAUAAUAAUGAUGUUCAAUCCUCAUUGUCUUCUAUGAUUUCGUCUUCUAUUGUUGCCAUUCCCGUUUCUGAUGUUUUGAGUGGCAAAUUCACUUGGAAAGUGCAUAAUUUUAGUUUGUUUAAGGAGAUGAUUAAGACACAGAAGAUAAUGAGCCCGGUUUUUCCAGCUGGGGAGUGUAACUUGAGGAUUAGUGUGUAUCAAAGCUCGGUUAACGGGCAAGAGUAUUUGUCUAUGUGUUUGGAGAGUAAGGAUACUGAUAAAACGGUUGCUUCUGAUAGGAGUUGUUGGUGUUUAUUUAGAAUGUCGACACUGAAUCAGAAGCCAGGGUCGAAUCAUAUGCACAGAGACUCGUAUGGGAGGUUUGCUGCAGAUAAUAAGAGUGGGGAUAAUACCAGUUUGGGAUGGAAUGACUACAUGAAGAUGUCGGAUUUUGUUGGGCAGGAGGCGGGGUUUUUGGUGGAUGAUACUGCCGUAUUUAGUACUUCAUUUCAUGUGAUCAAGGAGUUUAGUAGUUUCUCCAAGAAUGCAGGGUUGAUAGCAGGUAGGACAGGGAGUGGAGCAAGGAAGUCUGACACGUAUAUGGGAAAAUUCACUUGGAAGAUUGAGAAUUUUACAAGGUUGAAGGAUCUGUUGAAGAAGAGGAAGAUAACAGGUCUUUGCAUCAAGAGCAGGAGAUUUCAGAUUGGAAAUCGAGAUUGUCGUCUGAUUGUUUACCCUCGAGGGCAGUCUCAGCCACCGUGCCACCUUUCUGUGUUUCUUGAGGUUACUGAUCCACGAAAUACUUCCAGUGACUGGAGCUGUUUUGUAAGUCAUCGGCUGUCAGUUGUGAACCAAAAGGUGGAAGAGAAGUCAGUUACCAAAGAAUCUCAGAAUCGCUACUCUAAAGCUGCGAAAGACUGGGGUUGGCGUGAGUUUGUGACUCUCACCAGCCUAUUUGAUCAGGAUUCUGGUUUUCUUGUUCAGGAUACUGUUUUAUUCUCUGCAGAGGUUCUUAUUCUGAAAGAGACAUCGAUAAUGCAAGAUUUUAGUGAUCAGGAUUCUGAGUUAGCAAAUGCUGUUCCUCAGAUAGAAAGUGUUGGAAAGAGAAGUGCAUUCACAUGGAAGGUGGAGAAUUUCUUAUCUUUCAAGGAAAUCAUGGAAACCCGCAAGAUUUUUAGCAAAUUUUUUCAAGCUGGUGGAUGUGAGCUUCGAAUUGGUGUGUAUGAGUCCUUUGAUACCAUUUGUAUAUACUUGGAGAGUGACCAGUCAGUUGGUAGUGACCUUGAGAAAAACUUCUGGGUUAAAUACAGAAUGGCUGUGGUGAAUCAAAAGAAUCCAGCCAAGACCGUCUGGAAGGAAUCUUCGAUUUGUACAAAGACAUGGAAUAAUUCUGUUUUGCAAUUCAUGAAGGUAUCAGAUAUGCUAGAAGCAGAUUCAGGGUAUCUUGUGCGAGACACUGUUGUUUUCGUUUGUGAAAUACUGGAUUGCUGCCCUUGGUUUGAGUUUUCAGACCUUGAGGUUUUGGCUUCUGAAGAUGAUCAGGAUGCUCUAACAACUGAUCCUGAUGAACUCAUUGAUUCUGAAGACAGUGAAGGAAUAUGUGGGGACGAAGAAGAUAUCUUUAGAAACCUUCUUUCCCAAGCUGGAUUUCACCUUACCUAUGGAGAUAAUCCAUCGCAGCCACAGGUCACUUUACGGGAGAAGCUUCUCAUGGAUGCUGGGGCAAUUGCUGGUUUUCUGACUGGACUUCGUGUUUACCUGGAUGACCCAGCCAAAGUGAAACGUUUGUUGCUUCCAACUAAGCUCUCUGGUAGUGGUAAUGGAAAGAAGGUGUCGAAGACUGACGAAUCUUCACCGAGUUUGAUGAAUUUGCUAAUGGGGGUCAAAGUUUUGCAGCAGGCAAUUAUUGAUCUGCUCUUGGAUAUAAUGGUGGAAUGUUGCCAACCCUCAGUAGCACAUGGUGAUUCUUCAGAUGCAAACUCUAAACCUUCUUCUGAUGGUGGGGAAGCUACUAGCCCACUGGACUGUGAUCAGGAAAAUGGUGCUAUGGGAUCUGCUCAAUUUCCUACGAACGAAAGGUUGGAUUCUUGUGUGGAUGAUGGUAGUACUGCCUCUGCCGUGCAAAGCUCUGACAUGAAUGGGAUUGGUAUCUCUGGAAAAGCUAUCCAUGGACUGCCUAUUUCUCCACCAGAGACAUCUGCUGAGGGUUCUUUGGAGAAUUCCUCACUUUGCACAAAGACCAAGUGGCCUGAGCAGUCUGAGGAGCUUUUAGGGUUGAUUAUCAAUUCAUUAAGAGCCCUAGAUGGAGCUGUUCCACAGGGAUGUCCGGAGCCAAGGAGGAGGUCCCAGUCUGCACAAAAGAUUACUCUCGUAUUGGAUAAAGCCCCUAAGCAUCUGCAACCUGAUCUAGUUGCAUUGGUGCCUAAAUUGGUAGAGCAUUCAGAGCAUCCACUAGCUGCUUAUGCACUACUGGAACGACUUCAAAAGCCAGAGGCAGAGCCUGCAUUUCGAAUACCCGUAUUUGGAGCUCUCAGUCAACUAGAAUGCGACAGUGAAGUGUGGGAACGUGUCUUAUUUCAAUCGUUUGAGCUUUUGACAGAUUCAAAUGAUGAACCUCUGGUUGCGACAAUAGAUUUCAUCUUUAAAGCUGCAUUCCAAUGUCAACAUCUUCCAGAAGCUGUUAGAUCUGUUCGUGUAAGGCUAAAAAGUUUGGGCGCUGAGGUGUCUCCUUGUGUUUUUGAUUUUUUAAGUAAACUUGUAAAUAGUUGGGGAGAUGUUGCUGAGGCCAUACUAAGAGAUAUUAAUUGUGAUGGUGAUUUAGUUGAAAAUUGCUCGGCUGUGGCUUCUGGGCUAUUCUUGUGUGGUGAAAAUGGAUCCACUUCUGAAAGACCGCAUGCGGUUGAUGAGCAGGCUUUUUGUGCUACUCAUCAUUUUUCUGACAUUUAUAUCCUGAUUGAGAUGCUAUCUAUACCUUGCCUAGCUGUUGAAGCUUCUCAGACGUUUGAGAGAGCUGUGAGCGCAGGAGCCAUUGUAGCUCAGUCUGUAGCCUUGGUCUUGAAAAUGCGUCUUGCUCAGAGGUUGAGUCUUAAUUCCAGAUAUGUUGCUGAAAGCUUUCAGCAUGCUGAUGCUGUAAUUGAAGGAGAAGCCAGUGAGCAGCUUAGAGCCCAACGGGAUGAUUUCACUUCUGUUUUGAGUCUUGCCGAGACCUUGGCACUUUCUAGAGAUCUUCGUGUCAGGGGCUUUGUGAAAAUGCUUUAUACAAUAUUAUUUAAGUGGUAUGUAGAUGAGUCCUACAGAAUGAGAAUGCUAAAAAGACUUGUUGAUCGUGCAACCAGUACUACCGAAAGUAGUAGUGAAGUAGACUUAGAUUUGGAUAUUCUGGUUAUUUUGGUUUCUGAGGAGCAAGAAUUUGUCAGACCUGUUCUAAGCAUGAUGCGGGAAGUUGCUGAGCUUGCAAAUGUUGAUCGGGCAGCUCUUUGGCACCAGUUAUGUGCUAGUGAAGAUGCAAUUAUCUGCAUACGUGAAGAGAGAAAGGUCGAGAUGUCAAAUAUGGUUAAGGAAAAAGCUGCUGUAUCCCAGAAAUUAAGCGAAUCUGAGGCUGCAAAUAAUCGGCUAAAGUCUGAAAUGAGGGCUGAGAUGGAUCGCUUUGCUCGGGAAAAGAAGGAACUUUCUGAACAAAUACAGGAGGUUGAGAGUCAACUUCAGUGGCUUCGUUUAGAGAGAGAUGAUGAAAUUGCAAAACUAACUAAUGAGAAAAAAGCACUUCAGGAUCGUCUUCAUGAUGCAGAAGCUCAGCUCUCUCAGUUAAAGUCCCGGAAACGAGAUGAGUUGAAGAGGGUAGUAAAGGAGAAGAAUGCUCUUGCUGAAAGAUUGGAGAGUGCUGAAGCUGAGCGGAAAAGAUUUGAUGAAGAACUGAAACGUUAUGCCACAGAAAAUGUGACUCGAGAAGAAAUUCGUCAGUCACUUGAGGAUAAAGUUCGUAGAUUGACCCAAACAGUGGGGCAAACUGAAGGUGAAAAGCGGGAAAAAGAAGAGCAGGUAUCUAGGUGCGAAGCAUAUAUUGAUGGCAUGGAAUCAAAGUUGCAGGCCUGCCAGCAAUAUAUUCACACCUUGGAGGCCUCACUACAAGAAGAAAUGUCCCGACAUGCCCCUCUCUAUGGUGCUGGUCUGGAAGCUCUAUCCAUGAAAGAGUUGGAAACAUUGUCUAGGAUUCACGAGGAAGGGCUGAGGCAAAUCCAUGCCCUCCAACAGCGUAAAGGCAGUCCUGCUGGUGGUCCACUUGCUAUCCCACAUAAUCACGGGUUAUACCCUACAACGCAACCACCGCCAAUGGCUGUUGGCCUGCCACCAUCCUUCAUCCCUAACGGUGUAGGGAUCCACGGCAAUGGGCAUGUCAAUGGAGCUGUCGGGCCUUGGUUCAACCAUGCUUGAUUUCUAGGGCUACAUGAUGUAUUUCUGCCCCAUAGAGCUGGUUAACAUCUCUCAUUUCUCCAUUUGACGAGAUAUCCUAUUUUUUAUUUUAUUUUUCUUUUUUUGGCAUUUUUGCUGCUAGAACUUUUGGAAGCACAUCUCUGGGAAAGAAACAAUAAAAAGGGGGGGCGCAAGGCAUCCCAUUCCCCGUUGAAGGAAAGGGUUGUGGGUAAGCAUCUGCUGAUUGAAUGUCUUCAUUUCAAAUAGAACUAACAGUUGAAAAAUGCCAUUUUGCCCUCUAUGCUUCUUUUUAUUUUUUAUAUUUAUAGAAGUUAAUCAGAGGCUUAAGAGAAGGUUUUUUUUUUUUUUUUAAUACCAUUCUGGAGACUUUUUUAUUCACUGUUUCUCUUAUUCUUGCGUUUUAUUAAUUUGAUUCCAUCAAUUUUAGUUGCUGUUGGAGGAAUCAGGUGACUGUUGACAUGAUUAAUACUCGACUGGGUUGACGAUGACAUGUUUAGGGUUUGUUUUACAUUGAAACCAGACAUUUUGGAUCUAAA